AUGCAUUCGUCUCUCUGGGCUCCCGCGGCUGCGAUUGUCGCUGCGACAGUCGCAUCGGCCACUUCACUUAGCAGCAUUUGCACAGACUCCUACGCAAAGGAGGCGUUACCAUUGGAUGCCAUUGAUGGUAUCACUAUUGAUGCGAGCUCAGUUUCGACAAGCUUGGUUACCAACUACACGGCUUCGUCGAUCUUCUUCCCCACGGAUACCUUCAACUACUGCAACUUAACGUUCGCAUACUCGCACGAUGGUAUUGAUGGCGAUGUUGUUCAUGUGCAAUACUGGCUUCCUGAGCCAUCCAAGUUUCAGAACCGAUAUGUCUCUACUGGUGGAGGUGGUUGGGCGAUCAACUCGGGAUCCUCAUCGAUUCCAACAGCUAUUAUUGCAGGAGGUGUCGGUGGCCUGACCGAUGGAGGAUUCGGUAACUUCAACACGCAAUUCAGCUCUGCUGCUCUAUUGGCCAAUGGAACUGUCAAUUGGCAAGCGACCUACAUGUUUGGAUACCAAGCACAAAACGAGCUCGCGAUUCUCGGAAAGCAGUUGACCCGAAACCUCUACGAUGUCUCUUCAAAGAAGAAGAUUUACUCAUACUAUCAAGGUUGCUCGGAGGGAGGCCGCGAGGGAUGGAGCCAGGUCCAGCGAUUCCCCGAACAAUUCGACGGCGUCGUAGCUGGAGCUCCUGCAUUUCGAUGGGCACAGCAGCAGACCAACCAUCUGACUGGUAAUGUCAUGCAAAAGACUCUGGGCUAUUAUCCAUCUAACUGUGAGCUCGAGAAGAUCAUGAACAUGACAAUUGAGAGCUGUGAUCCUCUUGACGGAAAAACAGACGGCGUCGUUGCUCGCUCUGACCUCUGCUUGGCUAAACUUGACUGGACUAAGAUUGAAGGGUCCUCCUACAGCUGUGCUGCUAGCUCUGGUUACGGAUCUACUACACCCGCCGCUUCAGGAAAGGUCUCAGCCAAGGCUGUUGAGCUCAUCAAGACCUACUGGAAGGGUCUCUAUGACUCCGACGGAAACCAAGUCUACUUCAGCUACCAGCCUGGUGCAAGCUUUGAUGACCUCGACACAGAAUAUAACUCUGCAACAGGCGAAUACGAGCUUGACAUCAGUGGCCUGGGUGGUAUCUGGAUUGCUCAGUUUAUCGAUUACAUCAAGGACGCCCAGAACAUUGAUAGCCUCGAUGGUGUCACUUACGAUACUUUGAAGGAGUGGAUGAUCUUCUCACAGAAGAAGUACGGCGAUAUUCUCCAGACUACAUACCCCGAUCUUACCGAUUUCCAAGCGGCAGGCGGCAAGGUCUUGCAUGUGCAUGGUGAACAGGACUUCUCCAUUCCAACCGCCUCGUCAGUCCGAUACUGGGACUCAGUGCGCUCAGUCAUGUUCCCCAAGAAGUCAUACCGUGAGGGUGCCGCGGCACUCGAUGACUUCUAUCGUCUGUUCCUUAUUCCUGGUGUAGGCCACUGUGCUGCCAACUCAUAUGAGCCCAAUGCGCCAUGGCCACAAUUUACCCUGCAAACAGUCAUUGAAUGGGUCGAGAAGGGCACUGCGCCAGCUACAUUGAGUGGAUCGACUGAAAUCGAGGCUGAAAUGUGUCGCUGGCCUCUUCGCCCGCUCUGGACUAACAGCGGAAAGAAGUUCCAGUGUGUCUAUGACCAGGAUUCGGUGAACAGCUUCACCUAUGAUCUCGAUGCUUAUAAGCUCCCUGUGUACUAG